GUAAGCCGAGAAACAAGCUGGGAGAGCAAGAGAGGAAGAUGCAAGACAUCCGCUGUCAGCAGGAACCUGGAGAGAGCAGAAAGGAGGCUGACAGUGUCCCCAUGGGACCAGAACCCGUGCAAGUCCUGGCAGCACCAGUGGACACUCCUUGCGGAUGCCCCUGCUCGGAACAGACUCAUCCCACCAACUCGGUGCCCAGAAUGUCCUGCACCGAGGCUCCACAGCCUAUCCCAGCAGGCGCCACCACCACAACCACCAUCAUUGCCUUGGGGCCCCCUGGGCGUCUCAGCAUCUCUAUGGAGGGCGACCUGGAAUGCUUGGUGUGCCGAGAGCCCUACAACUGUGCCCGCUCUCCCAAGCUGCUGAGCUGUCAGCACACCUUCUGUGCCGUAUGCUUGAAGCUUCUGCUCUACGUGCAGGAAGACACCUGGUCCAUCCCCUGCCCACUGUGCCGAAAGGUCACUGCCGUCCCAGGAGGCCUCAUCUGCAGUCUGCGAGACCAGGAGGCGAUGGUGGGACGGCUGGCCCUGCCGUGCCCAGAGGUGCGCCUCUGUCCCCAGGGGCUGGUGGGUUCUGCCACUUCAGCAGCUCGGCCAGCCAGCUGUCCAGGAGAUGAGCAGGACACAGUGAGUGUCAACCGCGUAGCUGCCCGGCGCCUGGCUGUGCACCUGCUCCUGUUGGCGCUCCUCAUCAUCCUCAUCCUGCCUUUCAUCUACCCAGGCGUCAUCCGGUGGGUGCUGGCCUUUGUCAUCGCCCUGGCACUGCUGAUGUCCACCCUGUUCUGCUGCCAUCCCCAGAGCCAGAGCGGCAACUGGACUUGCCCCAGGACUCUGUUCUGCAGAGAGCAAAAGCAAACCCAGAUCGCUUCUAUCGCCUGAGAGCUCUGAUCUCUGCGGGCCCUGACGUCACCAUGGCUCUCCUCCCCCCCAGAUCUCACAACCCAUGAGGGUAAGGGGCCAGGAGCCUCCCUUCAAAAAAAAAUCACAUGCGAACUGGACUUGCAUGCCAAAGUCAGACUGUGUGCUGGAACAAUGGGUUUGCACCUGCCUGCCCUUGUGUAGCACAGCUAAACUUUUAAGGGGAAAGGAAGGAGAGUUACCCCCCUGAAUGAGUGACUUUGAGAGUGGAGGGGUCCCUGUCCUUCCAGAACUCCUGGCGUUUGUAUAUUUCACUGUGUAGACAUAAUGGGACACUGACCUUACUACAAAGCAAAUAGAACCAGGGUUCUUUUGUAA